AUAAGAAGAAUACACAUAGCUUGUUGAGUAAAACCCUUAAAAGCGAAUACGAUUUACAUAAGAUUCGAUCUCUCAGCACGGUGGCAUAGGGACCAUGUCAUCCAUGGAUCUGAAACCCAAAAAUUCCGAUCCCAAAUCUCAAAAUUACCAAGACCCGUAAGAGGAACAGCUAGAACGAUAUCGCAUGUUCAUGAUAGGAGGUGGUUGCAAAGAUUCAUUUACAGCUUAUGAAGAUUGCGAGAGGAACACAAUUGAGUGUACUGAAAAAUGGUUGAAGCUGAAAAAGUGUAUGGAGGUUCACAUUGAUUACUAUCAGCCGUAUUAUACGAUGUGGAAAAAAGUUGACGAACUCGAGGAGAGGAACGGUGAGCCCGUCUACCCCUCUAAAGAACCAAAGGAAAGGGCUAAGCAGGCGUCUGAGUUCGUGAGAGGUCCUUGCAAAGAACCAUUAAGGUCUUUUAUACGUCGUGAUGCAGAAUAUAGGAGGAACAAUAACACUCUCACUUUCCAUAGGCAACAUGAAGCCUCUGACACCAUGUACAAGUGUAUGGAGGCUCACUCUGAUUACUAUGAGGCCUUUCUCGCGGAUAGGAAAAAACGUGAUGAAUAUUAUUUUAAGGAGUUUGACGCCUUUUUGGCUGCGAGUAAACUAUAGAGUAGGUAUAUUAGAAGAUCCAUAACAUUAAUACAAGUCUCUAAAUAUAUGUUCACAAUAUAUUUCUCACUUAUAAUGUAAUGGAUCGUCCUUCUCUAUAUAAGCUAUGAUUUAGGUAAUAAAUUUUUAUGCUUCUU